CACAGAAUCGUAAUGCUGGCCAUGCUUGGCUCCAUCGGGAUGACCAUGAUCAUUUUGGCGUGCGCCCUCCCGACGUACAACUUGUGGUGGCCAAUAUUUGUGGUGCUGUUCUACAUACUCUGCCCGAUACCGACGUUAAUAGCGAAAAGAAGCCAAAAUGCAGAUGACGGCGUUCGCGCACCAAACGCUAUGUUCGCCACUAUUGGAAUCAUCUUGAGCAGCUUCGCCUUACCGAUCGUAUUGGCCCGUGCCGGAGUGAUUCAAUGGGGUGCUGGUAUUCUCACAGUGGCCGGCAAUGUCGUAGCAUACACGACGAUUUUGGCGUACUUCUUUGGAUUCGAAUCGAAUGAUUCCGCCAUGUGGUGAAGUGGAGCAGCCUGAAACCAUUCUUACUCGUUACUCUUUAGUUUCCAUCUCGCUUUUCAUACCGGAUUCUUAGAUUCAUUGCCUAAUAUGUUUCGUGAGGCACCUAUGUAUACAUGCAGCACGAAAGGUCUGAUUUAAUUUAUAAGACACUUUCACGUUUUCUUUCCUUCCGUUAUCGAAUAGAACUGGUUUCAUCUAUCGAAACCUAAUACACUAGCUUUACGUUAUACAUUACUUAAUCUAAACAGAUGAAUAAAAAUGUGAUGAUCAGAAAUUAUUAUUUCA